AGUGGAAGUAAAUCACCUGACAUAUUAGAUACUUUGAAUUAAACAGUCAAACAUGCAUUAAAUAUCAAUUUAUAUAGAGAGUGUUACUAAUUUCUCUGCAUGUAGUAACAACUUGCCUAAUUCCGUUAUUAAAAUUAUACGUCUUGAAAGUUUUCUCCUCUCUUCUCUCAUCGUGUCUCUUUGUGUGCUCACAAUGAAGCACAACAAAGUCUCCAAGAGACUAACUAUGACAUGGGUUCCUCUUCUUUGCAUUUCUUGCUUUUUCCUCGGAGCAAUCUUCACCUCCAAAUUGAGAUCAGCUUCGUCGGAUUCCGGUAGCCAGCUCAUUUUACAGCACCGGCGUGACCAGGAGUUAAAGAUUGUUUCCCAAGAUUAUGCUCAUGAGAAAAAAAAAUCACAAGAAAAAGAUGUAAUGGAAGAGGUUUUAAAAACCCAUAAAGCAAUCGAAUCAUUGGAUAAGUCAGUUUCUAUGCUUCAGAAGCAGCUCUCUACUACACAUAUCUCUCAACAGAUUGUGGAUGCCUCAUCAACCAAUUCUUCAACAGAAGGAAACCAAAGGAACAAAGUUUUCAUGGUGAUUGGUAUCAAUACUGCAUUUAGCAGUAGAAAACGUCGCGAUUCGCUUAGAGAGACUUGGAUGCCUCAGGGGGAAAAGCUUGAGAAAUUAGAAAAAGAGAAAGGAAUUGUCAUCAAAUUCAUGAUUGGACACAGUUCAACGCCAAACAGUAUAUUGGAUAAGGAAAUUGAUUCAGAAGAUGCUCAAUACAAAGAUUUCUUUAGGCUGGAUCAUGUCGAAGGAUAUUACAAUCUGUCUGCAAAAACCAAAAGCUUCUUUUCUAGUGCAGUUGCAAAAUGGGAUGCUGAGUUUUAUGUCAAGAUUGAUGAUGAUGUUCACGUCAAUCUUGGUACGCUUGCUUCCACAUUAGCUAGGCACCGUUCUAAGCCAAGGGUCUAUAUUGGAUGUAUGAAAUCCGGUCCUGUCCUUACUAAAAAGACGGCCAAGUACCGUGAACCCGAGUUUUGGAAAUUUGGAGAAGAAGGUAACAAAUAUUUCCGACAUGCUACGGGACAGAUUUAUGCCAUAUCAAAGGAUCUUGCCACAUACAUAUCCAACAACCAGCCAAUUUUGCAUAAGUAUGCAAAUGAAGAUGUGACACUCGGGUCAUGGUUCAUCGGUCUUGAGGUUGAGCAAAUCGAUGAUCGUAAUUUCUGUUGUGGUACUCCUCCAGACUGUGAAAUAAGGGCAGAGGCUGGAGAAAUGUGUGUGGCGUCAUUCGACUGGAAGUGUAGUGGAGUAUGCAGAUCAGUUGAUAGAAUGUGGAUGGUUCAUGUGAUGUGUGGCGAAGGUGAUAAAGCUGUGUCGGACGCGAAUUUAAAACUCUCUUAGAUCGGAGAAAGAGACAAGAGGAGAUGAACAUUUUGUUUUGUAAAGAAUUAAAAGGUAUACAAAAUUAGCUUGCUGGAGAUGAAGCAGAGCAAGACCUUUUAGUUCAAUAUAUUUUCUUUUUGUUUGUGGAAACAUAAAAAUUAAAAAGAAAGAAUGAGACAUUCUAUAGAUGCAGACGUGGCAAACUUGCUUCUUAUAAACUUUUUGCUCAAUAUGAAAUUUAUAUUUCUUAGUCA